CUCUCUUCUUCAUUUACAAAGACAAGUGCGCGUAUCAUCAAUUACGCAGUAAAACCAGAAUAAGAUUCAACGCGUUUGUUUGUUUCUUCCAUGAAUACAAUUCUAUCUUCUCCCAUUUUACCUCCUUCUAGAUUCUUCCAGAACUCCUCUUUCUUCUUCCACAAUCCAGAACAAGCUAUAUUUUUCCAUGUUCCCGCGUUACCCAUAGCUUUCCCCUGGUUUUGGAUUCUCCAUAUAUAGACUUGCAAACCCUCCUCAACACAUCAAAUAUCCAGCAGCAGAACAGAUCAAUCCAGAGCCAAAAAAAGAAAACAAAAGACUAAUCACACGAAAUCGAUAGAGGAAGUUAAUUAGGGCAGAAGGAUGUGUUUGGUUUUUGUGUGUGACGAGGACGAGAGGGUGAUCGCCAGACAACUGGCGCCAGGGGCCUGCCCUUACUGUGGAGGCAUGGUGCAGGCCCUAGACAUAGAGAGCCAGUGGCGUUUCUGCUUCUUGCCUUUCUACUUCAAAACUAAGCGAAAGUUCUAUUGCGGUCUCUGUACAAGACGCUUGGUUGUCCAAUACUAGGCCUAUUUUUCACUUUUGGGUUUUUCUUGUUCAGAUUCUAACGCCAGACUUCAGUAAUGAAUCGUCUUUGUUGAUAUUUCUUUUUUGUGCAUCUGAGGUUUCAGUUUCUCCAUUUCUGUACAUGAAGUCGGCGCUGCCGAUGCUAACCUCUCUGGAUAUAUGAAAUUAAAGAGCUCGCAUCGUUUGUAUAUUUGUAAUUUUCUUGAUUUCUGUAUACGUGAUGUGGGUAGGAAUUUUAUUUUUUGAUUCAUGAAGCUUUGUGAAAGAUGGGAGUUACAGAAUUCUUAA